AAGUUUGAGAGAGGCCUUUGAAAUGUUAGGUGAGACCUUGGUGGAAAAGCCACCACCAAUGGAGGGUGUGGAAGAUUUGCAACCGACACCUGAAGGCCGUGCCAGGACAUGGACAUGGAUCGUUUUUGCCGGAGCUUGGGCCUCCAUGAUGAUCAAUGCAGCGACCUUUUCCAGCGGUGCAGCACUGCUGAGCUUGGGGCUGUCUGUGCCAGAGACACUGGUGGCAUCGGCGAUCGGUGCGGUGCUGUUGGUGGCAGGAUCAGUUCUCAAUGCAGCAGCAGGUGUCAAGUAUGGCAUUCCUUUUCCUGUGUUUGCUAGAAGCUCCUUUGGAAGUGCCGGUGCACACUUUUGCACGCUCUCGCGUGGUGCUGUCGCGAUCAUGUGGCUGUCCUUCCAGUGCUGGCUGGGAGCUUUGGGCAUCUACACUGGACUUGGAAAGGUUGUUGGUGAGCGCUGGCUGGAGUCAUACCCACUUGGAAGCCAUUUGAAUCUUGCUCAGUUGGUGAUUUUCCUUCUUUAUCUAGUCGCUCAUGGUAUAUUGAUUCAACUUGGGCCUACUCGGCUGAAGAAGUGCAUCAACAUUGUUCUGCCAGUAGUUCUCCUAGGCAUGGCAGGGAUCGCAGCUUGGGCUGCAAGCCUUUCUUCCUUGCAUGAGGCUUUAAGCGCAGCCGAGGAAGAAACUCCAUUGACCAUUGGCUCGAAGGGGGUGGCUUUCAUGGCUGCCAUCAACUCCAGUGUUGGAUCGUGGUCAACUCUGAUGCUCAAUGUGUGCGACUUGAGCCGAUUUUCACCCACCCAGAAAGACCAGGUUCUUGGACAAGCUGCUGGGAUCCCGAUUCCGUUCGUUGUGACCCUUUUCAUUGGUAUGUGGCUCGCUGGGGCCACUUCCGUGGCAUAUGGCAAGGCUGUGUGGCAAAUUCCUCAAUGCUUUGCCUUUUGGAACACGGAGUUCAGCUUGCUUGCAGGAUUUCUAUUGGCCGCAUCCAACCUCCUUGUCAACAUUUUGGCAAACAUCAUCUCACCCAUCAACGACUUGAUGAACUUGGCACCUGAAAGGUUGACCUAUCGUGGCUGCGGCUUCACGGUGUUGUUCUUGUCCCUACUUGUGUGUCCUUGGUGGACCUUUUCAGGAAGAGUGUCAUUUGUCCUCAACUUUUUGUCAGGCUAUGCUAUGUUGACAGGUGCCAUUGCUGGAGUGUUUAUUGCUGACUACUGGAUUCUCAGACAACGUUGCCUUGAAGUACAAGAGCUGUACUCGCCUACUGGUGUGAAUUGGAGGGCAAUGUUGGCGGUCUUGGGUGGAGUGGCUCCUUGUGUUCCUGGUUUCAUCAAUGCAUUGGCAGUCCAUGGUGCAGCCCAGCCAAAUAUCGUCGGACCAUUUUGGGCACACUUGUACUCCGGAGGCUCGUGUUUGUUCUCUUUGGUCGUGUCUGGUGCACUCUACCUCGUCUUCAUGGGAAGCAGCGCAAAGAUGGCCACCUCAGAUUGCGAGGAUGUACAGCUGGAGGCGCUCUAAGACUUUACGGGUCUUAGCCUGCACAUGUACAGUGGUGAAAGGACGCGAGCACUGUAGAUUCUUCGGGUGCAAGCAUCAGAUCUUUGUGUUUGCCACGAUACAUCGAGAGUUAGAUAAUGGAACG